AUGGCUUCUACUGAAGAACCCGUCCCUCCUACUGCCCCAACAGAAGUGGUGGAAUCCGAUGUACCCCCCGCCACACCUGUCGAGUCAACCGUCCUCUCCGGUAGUGAAGAGCCGGUAACUAGCCCUGAUACUUCCAAGGACAAGGAAAAUAUUAAGGGGUCUCCCACGAAAAAGAGCCCGACAAAGAGCCCGACUUCUAGCACGACGACCACGACCAAGCGUCCGGUGUCGGGAACCCCUGCCACAAAACGUCCCGGCUUGAUUUCCACUGCCCCCAAGACAACUACAUCGACGUCUCGUCCCUCGACUACCAAUGGCAGCACUCUAAACAAGCCUCCCACGCGUCCGACCACGACGACCACCGUUCGGAAGCCUCUGAGCACGUCGACCACCGCCUCGCACCGGUCUCGCGCGUCGGUCAGCAGCUCCGCCGAUGAGAAAGCCCGGUCAGUGGCGAGCUCCGGGGAUGAGAAACGAGGCAUUUCCAGCACCGCCAAACGGAUGUCGCUUGUUGGUACUCCGGCCACCAGGGCUCCGGUCAAGUCAACGACGAUGCUGGAUAGGCGCUCGAGCAUCGCUUCGUCUACGGCAGAGAAGAAAGCCUCGGUGUCACGCACUAGCACGGUAUCAGCACGCUCGACUCCCAAGCCAGCCACGUCAACUUCCACAAGCCGCCCGACAACCUCGUCAGGCAGCGCAGCGCGGACGACCACCCGGCCCACCUCGACUGUGACCCGGCCAACCGGAACUGCAACGAAGAGACUGAGCACCACCACCAAGGGCUCGGAAGAAGACGCAGAGAAGCUGCAUUCUCUUGAGAGUAAGCUUUCAGAAAGCGAAGCCACUGUGGUUAGCCUCAAGUCGGAGUUGGAGACCGUGAAUGAGAAAUUAGCGCAGCUAUCUGUUUCAUUGCAAGAAGAGGGCUUGAAAGACAAUGAACCAGCCACCAGGGAAAUUCACGAGCAGCACGCUGCCGAGAUCGAGCGGAUGACUGCGGAGCAUGCGGGGCAGCUGCAGGCAUUGCGUACCCAGCUGGACGAGGCCGAGGCACAGCGGAGAGAACUGGAAGAGAAGUCACUCAAAGAUCUGGACGAAGCUGCGAAGUCUGCUGCUUCUCAGGGCGAUGACCAGGCCUCUGUUGCCUUGGAAGAGCUGAAACAGACCCAUCAAGCUCAACUGGAAGCCUUAGAGAAGGAGCUGGCCGAGCAAAAGGCCAACACCACUAGCUACACGGAGCAACUCGACGCCAUCAAGGCAGAACUGGAGGCGCAGAAAAAUAGCGUGGCCGAAACUACCAAGAUUUUGGAAGACAGGGCUUUGGCUCUGGACAAUCUCCAGCGAGAACUUAAUGGACGGGACCAGGUGAUUGAAAAUCUGAACCAGGAGAUGGAGAAACUAAACCAGGCCAAGGAAUAUGAAGCCCACGCUGCCGAGGAGACCUCCCGUCAGUCCAUCUCCGCCCUGGAGGAGAAGAUCGCGUCGUUGGAGACCAAACUUGCAGACGCGGAAUCCGCCACCAAGAGUGGCGAGGAGAUAGCUACAGCUCUUGCAGAGAAGGAGAAGGAUAUAACGGACCUGAAGCAGACCGUGGAAACGCUUCGGUCAGAGCUCCAGGAGGCUCGUAGUGCUGCCGAACAUGCGCUGAAUAAAGAGAUCAAGGAACUGGAGACAGCUCAUGAGACGGCCAUAGCCAAAUUGAGAGCGGAGCACGACGAGGUUGUGGCGUCGACGGCUACAACUCAUGCCCAGGAACUGGCCAUUGCCAGAGAAGCUGCCGAAUCAGCCGGCACCACCCAUGCCGAACAACUUCAGGAGCUUCGUGGCACUCUCGAUGCGGCUGAGGCGGUCGCCCAGAAACGAAGGGAGGACGCUAUCAAUGAGAUCAAGGCUAUGCACCAGGCGGAAUUGCAAUCCCUGGUGCAGAAGCUGGAGGCAUCAGAGCAGGCUCUUGGUGAAGCGAGACAGUCGCUGGAGGAGGGUGCUAGCUCCGCCCAGGACGUUGCCAUCCAGGAGAUUGAAUCCCUGAAGGAGAAGGUGGGUGCAUUGGAGUCCCAGUUGUCAACGGGUCAGGGUGAGAUCAAGUCCCUGCAAGACGCAAUCCACAGCAAGCAACUGGAAGCCGAGGAGCUGCAGAAGAGUCUCAUUGCUUUCGAAGACAGGACCAAAUCUAAGGAUGUCGAACAAGAGGGCCUGGCGAAGUCGCUGGAGGAGAGAGCGUUGGCUGCGGAAAAAGCGCUCGAGACGCACCUGCAGGAGGCGUCGGGGGUAGCGGAGAAGCACGCGGAGGCCCUUGAAGCACUGAAGGUUGCGCAUGCUGCUGAGCUUGAGACUGCUCGGGCGGAUGCAUCCGGAUCUCAAAAACAGGCACUGGAGGAGCUCCAAGCCAAACAUGACGCCUUGGUGUCCGCCAAUCGCGAGCUGGAACUGAAGCAUGGACAAAAGGUUGAAUCCCUUGAGGCCGAGCUUAAGUCGACUAUGGAGCGCCACGCGGAAGAGAUUACAUCACAGACAGAGCUCCGUAGGAAGGAGACUGCGGAGCUACAGAAGGAGCAUGAGGAGACGAAAUCGGCACUGCAGGCAGAGCUGGCUUCAUUGCAGGCAUCCAAGUCUGCUGAGGCAGAUGCUGAACACAGCAAGGCCAUUGAAGAGCUUCUCACGGCGCACGAGGAUAAGGUGAAGAGUCUUCGUGAUCAGCUGGAGUCCUCCAACCAGGCUAAGUUAGACGAGCUUCAGAAAGCCCACGAAUCGGCAUUGAGUGAGGUGCGGGAGCAAUUGGCCCAGGCCCAUGCAGCUGCGCAGGACAGCACGGUUCUGGACGGGCUGAAGGCCACCAUUACGGAGCUCGAGAGGCAGGUCGUCAAGGCGGAACAGUCUGCCACUGACGCUAGGGAGGCCGUUGGCCAACACCGUACCGAAAUUUCGAAGGCGCAAGCGGAGGCGACUGAAUGGCAACAGAAGCACCAGGAGCUGGCGAGCCGGGCGGCCGAAUUGGAGAAGUCGCAGUCGGCCAGCGGGAACUCGCAGUCGGAGCUCGAGUCGGUCCUGAAGCAGCUCUCGGCCUCCCAGGAGGAGGUGACGCAGCUGAAGUGCAAGCAGGAGGUACUCGCGAGCGAGCUGGACGGACUCACUGCGCAGAACCGGGCUAUCAACGAGAGGCUCUCGCAGGGAGAGAAGGAUUUGAACGACCAGAUCGACAAGAACAUGUCGUUGCUGAACCAGCUAGGCGAGGUGGACUCGGCCAUCUCGGCCAGCCGCAAGCGGACGCGCGAAUUGGAGGCGGAGCUGGCGGCGCUGAAGGCGGAAAGGGACACAGCCCAGGGCGGCGGAGUGGGCCUGGAGGGCAGCCGGUGGGCGGAGGAGGACAAGAAGGCGGCUGGGGAGGGACCCGUGGAAGGUGAGGAGCUUGGUUCAUCUAUCGAGGGAACGGUGGGAGCCCCCCGUUUAACGUCCGGGUCGUCAGGCUUGCCUGGGUUUCACCCUUUUACCUGA